AUAAUCUGUCUACGUAAUAGAGACAGAGAAGAGCAGUUUGAAAGCUGUAUCUGGUAGAUAGAAUUUUCUAUAUGCUCUUUUCUUCCUCUCCAGCUCUAACUCUCCUCCAUCCCUCAGUUUCCAUCUUCCCUCGAGGAAUUGCCAUCAGCCAACAGAAUCCUCGCCCCGGCUUCUUCAAGUCAUUCAUCUGCAAUGUUCGCGGACUUGGAUCCAUCCGCCAUGCCCAAGCUGCUGUUCUCUGCGACUCUUCAGACGGUGAAGUUGAAGAAAAAACUCGAUUGGAGUUUGGAAAAGGUGACGCUUUUUCUAUUCUUAGCUUCAUGGAGCAACGCGGGGUUCGCCCUAACCUCCACACAUAUGCAUCGGUCCUUGAGUCGUGUUUCAGCUUGAGCUCUCUAAGAGGAGCACAAAGAGUCCACGGAGUGACGGUGAAGCUGGGUAUUGAUACAGAGAACUUGUUAUCCAGUCGGCUCUUUAUUAUCUACUUUACUCUGGGUGAUUUUGCUAGCGCAAGCAAGCUGUUUGAUGAUUUGUCUGAAACUAGUAUUGCUAAACUGAUGGCGGACCAGCUUCGCCUAAAUGAGAAACUUAAAGUCAUAAGCUUUUUCACGAAUGUUUUGAGAGAGUGCCGUAACAUUGAUCCUGUAAUAUUCAGUAUUGCACUGAGAGCAUGUACUGGCAACACGCGCAGCUAUGGCUGCUGGCCUGUGGUGCAGCAGCUUCAUGGUAGAAUUAUUCGGCUUGGAUUAGGGAUUAAUCCAAUUGUUUGCAAUCCUUUAAUCGAUUUAUAUUCAAAGAAUAAGAGUAUAGACUCUGCAAUUUUGGUUUUUGAUGAAAUGUGUUCAAAGGACAAUGUUUCAUGGGUUGCCAUGGUUUCUGGUCUCUCUCAAAAUGGGUUCGGAAAAGAAGCUUUCAAUCUCUUCUACCAUAUGCAUCAAGCUGGAGUAAUUCCCACUCCCUAUGUUCUAUCCAGCAUCCUUAGUGCCUGUACUAAGACAGAACUUUUCAACGAGGGAAUUGGGAUUCAUGCGCAGGCCUUCAAGUGGGGAUUCUGCUCAGAAACGUUUGUGGGAAAUGCGCUUAUCAGCUUUUAUUCACGAUUCCUAAGCUUGGAUUUAGCCGAGAAAGUAUUUGAGGAAAUGGUAGUUCAUGAUGGAGUCACAUUUAACUCCAUGAUUUCAGCUUAUGGGAUGCUUGGAAAUAGUGAAAAAGCUAUAUCUGUCUUCAAGGAAAUGCAAAGUUCAGGCUUUAAACCUGACUCAGUGACCGUUGCGAGUCUUCUCUGUGCCUGUGCUUCUGUUGGAGCUAUUUGGAAGGGCAAGCAGCUCCACUCCUAUGUGUUGAAAGCUGGAUUAUCCUCAGAUUAUAUUAUCGAAGGCUCUUUGCUUGAUCUGUAUGUAAAAUGCGCAGAUAUAGAAACCUCGCGCAGAUUAUUCGAUUCCACAGACAAAGAAAAUGUGGUGCUGUGGAAUGUAAUGCUUGUAGCUUAUGGACAGAUGGGUGAUUUAACUGAGUCCUUUAAUUUAUUCUCUGAAAUGCUGGUUUCAGGUUUGGAGCCAAACCAGUACACCUAUCCAAGCAUACUAAAAACAUGUACUUACUAUGGAGAACUCGAUCUUGGCGAGCAGAUCCAUUCCAUGGCUGUAAAAACUGGUUUUGAAAUGAAUGUCUUUGUCUGCAGUGUGUUAAUAGAUAUGUACUCCAAAUGUGGAAUGUUGGAAAGUGCAAGGGGGAUCCUUGACAGACAGAUGGAGAAAGAUGUCGUCUCUUGGACGGCGAUGAUUGCAGGUUAUGCGCAGCACGAGCAUUUUGUUGAAGCUCUGAAAACAUUUGAGGAAAUGAGAUUUAAUGGGAUCCAGCCUGAUAAUAUUGGAUUGUCAAGCGCAAUUAGUGCUUGUGCUGGACUGAAAGCUAUUGGUCAGGGACUGCAGAUCCAUGGCCAAGCUUAUGUUUUGGGUUAUUCUGCUGAUAUAUCGAUUGGAAAUGCUCUCGUGAACCUUUAUGCAAGGUCUGGUAUGAUCAUGGAGGCUUAUUCUGCGUUUGAGAGUAAUGAGGUUAGAGAUGAUGUGUCAUGGAAUGCUUUGAUUUCUGGUUUUGGACAGAGUGGUCACUAUGAAGAAGCGCUAGCAGUAUAUAAACAGAUGAAUCAGAAGGACAUUAAAGCUAAUCUGUUCACAUAUGGCUCAGCUGUUAGUUCUUCAGCUAAUAUUGCAGAUUUAAAGCUGGGAAAUCAGGUACAUUCAAAGAUGAUCAAAACUGGUUAUGAAAUUGAGAUAGAAGCUGGUAACUCACUUGUCUCCUUGUAUGCCAAGUGCGGAAGCAUCAAAGAUGCGAAGCUCGUGUUCAACAGUAUGCCCACGAGGAAUUCGAUUUCUUGGAACGCCAUUAUCACAGCUUGUUCGCAACACGGACGUGGCAAGGAAGCUCUGCAACUAUUUGAGGGGAUGAAGAAGGAGGGCGUGAAGCCGAAUGAUGUUACAUUCAUUGGUGUUCUUACAGCUUGCAGCCAUGUCGGACUGGUGACCGAGGGGCUCCAACACUUCCAAUCGAUAAGCAAAGAGCAUGGACUCGUGCCCAAACCCGAGCACUUCGUGUGUGUGGUGGAUCUUCUCGGACGGGCGGGACAAUUGAAUCGUGCGCUGCAAUUCAUAGAAGAUAUGCCGAUUGUCCCGGACUCAAUGAUAUGGAGGUCGCUUCUCGGUGCAUCUACAAUCCAUAAGAACAUCGAGGUCGGCGAGUUUGCCGGCUGUCAUCUCCUCGAAUUGGAACCUCAAGAUUCAGCAACUUAUGUUCUUCUGUCGAAUCUGUAUGCAGUGACAAGGAGAUGGGAAUGGAGGGAUAGAAUGAGGCAGGUGAUGAAGGAUAGAGGAGUGAAGAAGGAACCCGGGCGGAGUUGGAUCGAGGCCAAGAACGCAAUCCAUUCCUUCUUCGUCGGCGAUCGUCGGCAUUCAUUAGCAGAAGAAAUCUAUGAGCACUUGGAGGAGUUGAAUAAGAAGGCAGUUGAGAUUGGGUAUAAGCAAGAUCGCUACUUUCUUCUUCAGGAAAGUGAAGAAGAACUGAAGGAUUCUACUGCUUGGAUACACAGUGAGAAACUUGCUGUGUCGUUUGGGAACAUGGAGCUGCCAGCAGAGGUGCCCAUAAGGGUGAUAAAGAAUAUUAGGGUUUGCAAUGACUGUCAUAACUGGAUGAAGUUUGUGUCUCGAGUUAUGGGUCGGGUGAUUAUAUUGAGAGAUUCUUACAGGUUCCAUCAUUUUGAAGCAGGAGAUUGCUCUUGUGGAGAUUAUUGGUGAAGAGGUGGUGAUUUUUUUUUCCCCUUGGUUAAGUAAUGUUUUUCCUUUUUAAAAUUUUAUUAAAGGAAAUGAGGAGAAGAUGGUGGUUGAAAUCGCUUGAAAGAAAUGAAAAUAAAUAAAUAAGGAGCCUAAUACAAUAUAAUCAUUCCACUUAUGUUUUGAUCAAUUAAUGAUUUACAUACAUACCACAACAAACUUUCAUAUUUACGUGCCACCAAAAACGUAUUGCGCUAAAGAAUGGCCCUCUGUCUGCCUCUGUGGUUCUUUCGUUUACGACAUGCGAUACUCUUAUAGACAGCCCAAGGCUUUCGUCCACAACUACGAGAUCCUCUCAUUGCCUCCUUGCUUCCACAGCCACCGAGUGAGGUUGCUUCUCUAUUGAUGCCAAGAAAUAGGUCGUUGGCAGACAAAUACAACCUACCAACAUUGAUCUCGUAGUUUCACUGCAGCGUGAGGUCGCCCCAAGUCCUUGGCCGAUCUGCCCGUCUUCUCCUUGCAAUCUAUACGAGAAACGAAGAAAUAGUGCUGCCUGCAAUAAUGCAAGCAAAUCCUCAAAUUCUCCAGAAUGGACAUCAGCAAAUGUGCAAAGGAAUUGGGAGCUGGAAACCUCGCAGCAACUGCAGCGGCCUCUUUCUUCUGCUCGUCCUUGGCAACUGCUGCUCGUUCUUCUGUAUAAAUGUCACCGCUUGUGGAGUCACUAACAUGCCCACUAAAAGCUGCGAACUGCCGAAGAGCAACAUCUUCUACAAAGAAGAUUCUAACAUGCUGGAUUCGAAGAACUACUGCUUGCAGACAAUGACAAUGUGCUGCCUUCAGUUGAACCAAGGCUUUUAAUAUUGUUGUAAUUUUACUUCUGAAGUUUUUUUUUUUUAACUGUAAUUUUUUGAAAUUCUGAAGCUUUUCAUGUACUCUAAAAGUUG